AGCGGCAGUUGAGCGUCAGUCGAGCGUCAGUCGAGCGUCAGCUUCCGACGCGUACGGUUGUUACUUGGCAGCAUUUUCGUCAUUAACAGUGCGACAAAUAAAAUGUUUCAAAAGACAAACUGACUACGAAAAAGGCAAAAAUUGAUUUCAGUUUCCACAAAAUUAAUAUAUGGUGGAUACUAAUUUAAUGGGACAGCGGUGAUAUAUCACUAUGGUAUAUGUAAUUGCUUUGUCGUUGAUAGCAGGUGCUUUAGGCCUGUAUUAUUACCUUUUUAAGGAUUUGAAUUACUUCAAAAAACAUGGCAUACCGCAUAAGCCGCCUCUUCCUAUAUUGGGAAAUAUGGGACCAGCAUUUUUGUGCCGUAAAUCAAUAGCCGAAUUUGUAAACGAGAUUUACAACUUAAAUCUUGAUGCAAAAUAUGUUGGCAUGUUUGACCUGAACGUCCCAGUUGUAAUGGUGCGCGAUCCCGAGCUUAUUAAACUCAUCACGUUAAAACAUUUCGAAAAAUUCACCGAUCAUCGCGCUUUCAUCAAUGAAGAGCAAGAUCCACUAUUUGGCAAAAAUCUUAUGUCUCUUAAAGGUGAUAAAUGGCGGCAAGUACGAUCGUUAUUGAGCCCAACCUUUACAUCCAGCAAAAUGAAAAGCAUGUUUAAGCUUAUGUCGGAUUGUGGUAACAAUUUCGCUAAUCACUUAGCGCAAUUGCCACCAGAGGAGAGGACAAAGGAAAUGAGAGACGUCUUUACAAAGUAUGCUAGCGACGUGAUUGCUACUUGCGCUUUUGGCUUUAGCGUUGAUAGCAUGAAAAAUCCAGAGAAUGAAUUCUAUGUAUAUGGUAAAGAAGUGACCAAUUUUAAUCUCAUUUCCAUAAUAAAGUUAUUAAUAUUCAGGGCCUUUCCUUGGUUAGCACGAAUUAUCAACUUGAAAUUAUUUCGUCAGCAAGUAGCAGAUUUCUUCCGAAACCUCGUAGCGAACACCAUAAAAAUCAGAGACGAGAAUGGUAUCGUUCGUCCUGAUAUGCUGCAAUUGAUGAUGGAAACUAGGGGUAAAGAGGGCAAGGCAGAAUUGUCUAUCGACGAUAUGGUAGCACAGGCACUCGUCUUUUUUUUUGCUGGAUUCGAUGGUACUUCAAAAUUAAUGGCUUUCGCCGCCCAUGAAAUUGCAGUAAACCGAGAUGUACAAGAAAAACUUCAAAAGGAGAUUGACCAGGUCUUGGAAGAUACGAAUGGACAAGCCCCUUACGAAGCGAUUAACGGCAUGGAAUAUUUAGACGCAGUGAUCAACGAAGCUCUCAGAAAGUAUCCGAUUGCUGUAGCAAUGGACAGAUUAUGUAUAGAAGAUUUUGAGUUGCCGCCGAUGUUACCAGGGAUGAAACCUUAUACGAUCAAAAAUGGACAAGGCAUAUGGAUACCGGUUUAUGGACUUCAACAUGAUCCAAAAUACUUUGAGGAGCCAGAGAAGUUUGAUCCCGACCGUUUUCUUGGUGAACGGAAGAAGGACAGCCUCAACUGCGGAGCCUAUCUUCCUUUUGGUCUUGGUCCUAGAAUGUGCAUAGGUAAUAGAUUCGCAUUGCUGGAGACGAAGGUUGUGCUUUUUUAUCUAUUGGCCCGUUGCGAUUUGGAAACUUGCGAGAAGACGUCAAUACCACUCACGCUCGCCAAGGACGGCUUUAAUAUGAGUGUCAAAGAUGGUUUCUGGCUGAAGGUGUUGCCACGAAAAAAUACACAUCGCACUCUUGCUGCUAAUUUUGUUAAUGAAACGCACUAAACAUGGAAAGAAACAAAGGAACCUAAAUAAACGCGAAACAGGAUAUUUCCUUCUUAGUGAUCCAGCAAGAAGAUAUUUAUGUUGCUGUAAGUUCCACUAGGGAUAUUCUUAGAUUAGAAGUAUUUGCUACAUAUAUAUUAUAUAUACAAGCAUGGUCAUAAAAUAUUUUAUGAGUUUCUCAUAAAAUGGCGAAAGAAGACAACAUGAAAGAAAUUAAUGAAUUAAAUAUUACUUCAUAUCUCACGUUGUUAUUAACGAUCAAUUUGUAACGCUUUCCUUCGUUAUAAACAAUUAUUAAGAUUGAAAAGUAAUAUCCACUUUUAAUAUCUAUUACAUUUCUCUGACUAUUGUAUAACAAAUAUUUCAUCUUUUAUAUUAACAUGAAGAUAUGUUAUGGACAAACCAAAGGUUACAUAUAACUUCAUCAAGCGGUAGAAAAUAGUUCGAGCAAGCUAUGAUAAAAAUAAAAAUCUACUAAUACA